AUGGUAAUCUGCUCGAGAAUAAUAAAACUGACCCGCCUAUACUGCAUGAAUGGCGGACAUCAUCUGCAGAUUCUCCCGGAUGGGACGGUGGGAGGCAAGAGGGACGAGAAUGACAUUCACAGUAAGACCAGAAAUAGUAGAAUAUUUCAGUAUUUUUUUCAUUUGAGAACACAAAAUCCACUAUGUUCGAUAGUAACUGAUCCGUGUUAUUUCCUGGAGAAGAUGGUGAACCACUACAACACGUACAAGGCCCAGAAGUACCAGGAGAGGAGCUGCUACGUGGGACUGAAGAAGAAUGGGAAACCCAAGCUAGACUCCAGAACCCCCAUAGGGCAGAAGGCCAUCUUCUUCUUGCCACGGUGACUAGAGGGCACAGGGGAGUGAAGGUUGUAAGUCCAGGGGUGUGUCAAAUGGUCAAAUGUAGUGCACUAUAUUGGGAAUAGGUUGCCAUUUUAGACACAUCCAUUCCAAAGUGCUCAUUGGGAAAUUGUAGACAGGCUCAACAAACAGUAUUUGAAAUUUCAACUAGCAUGAAGCUUGAGUUGCAGGUUAUAACAGCAGUUACAAAUGUCUUCACUGACCUGUAUAAAUGCUGUCAUCUGUAUAAACUGUUGUAGCUAUAUGAUGGACAGCUGACUGGUAGAAUCAUGCUAAAACUUCACCAAAUUAGGCAUUCCACACUACGAGACUCCAAGCCGCUAGCUAGACAUCUAGAAUGUAUACCUCUACUGAUGUGAUAUGACUAUAGACAUCUAGAAUGUAUACCGCUACUGAUGUGAUAUAACUAUAGACAUCUAGAAUGUAUACCUCUACUGAUGUGAUAUGACUAUAGAUAUCUAGAAUGUAUACCUCUACUGAUGUGAUAUGACUAUAGAUAUCUAGAAUGUAUACCUCUACUGAUGUGAUAUGACUAUCGCUCGCGGUGGUCCUCUGUAGCUCAGUUGGUACAGCACAGAGCUUGCAACGCCAGGAUAUUUGGUUAGAUUCCCGGGACCAGCCGUAUGCAAAAUGCAUGCAUGCAUUACUGUCAUUCGUUUAAGAUAAGGGUCUGCUAAAUGGCAUAUUUAAAUAUCUUAUAGAAAGCUGAUGGAUAAGAAAUCACAUACUGUACAUUCAUAAGCCCCUCUGGGGGAACUGUUGCAGUCCAGUCAUUGAGUCUUUCAACCACAA